CAGAGAGGGCGGGGAGAUGACACAGUUGUUCCCCCAGCCCUGCGGGGCGGGCAGCAUGGUUCACUCCAGCAUGGGGGCUCCAGAAAUAAGAAUGUCUAAGCCCCUGGAGGCCGAGAAGCAAGGUCUGGACUCCCCAUCAGAGCACACAGACACUGAAAGAAAUGGACCAGACACUAACCAUCAGAACCCCCAGAAUAAGACCUCCCCAUUCUCCGUGUCCCCAACUGGCCCCAGCACCAAGAUCAAGGCUGAAGACCCCAGUGGCGACUCAGCCCCAGCAGCACCCCCGCCCCCCCAGCCGGCUCAGCCGCAUCUGCCCCAGGCCCAACUCAUGUUGACGGGCAGCCAGCUAGCCGGGGACAUACAGCAGCUCCUCCAGCUUCAGCAGCUGGUGCUUGUGCCAGGCCACCACCUCCAGCCACCUGCUCAGUUCCUGCUGCCACAGGCCCAGCAGAGUCAGCCAGGCCUGCUACCGACGCCAAAUCUCUUCCAGCUACCUCAGCAAACCCAGGGAGCUCUUCUGACCUCCCAGCCCCGGGCCGGGCUGCCCACACAGGCCGUGACCCGCCCCACGCUGCCCGACCCGCACCUCUCGCACCCGCAGCCCCCCAAAUGCUUGGAGCCACCAUCCCACCCCGAGGAGCCCAGUGACCUGGAGGAGCUGGAGCAGUUCGCCCGCACCUUCAAGCAACGCCGCAUCAAGCUGGGCUUCACACAGGGUGAUGUGGGCCUGGCCAUGGGCAAGCUCUACGGCAACGACUUUAGCCAGACGACCAUCUCCCGUUUCGAGGCCCUCAACCUGAGCUUCAAGAACAUGUGCAAACUCAAGCCCCUCCUGGAGAAGUGGCUCAACGACGCAGAGACUAUGUCUGUGGACUCAAGCCUGCCCAGCCCCAACCAGCUGAGCAGCCCCAGCCUGGGCUUCGACGGGCUCCCUGGCCGGAGACGCAAGAAGAGGACCAGCAUCGAGACAAACGUCCGCUUCGCCUUAGAGAAGAGUUUUCUAGCGAACCAGAAGCCUACCUCAGAGGAGAUCCUGCUGAUUGCAGAGCAGCUGCACAUGGAGAAGGAAGUGAUCCGCGUCUGGUUCUGCAACCGGCGCCAGAAGGAAAAACGCAUCAACCCCUGCAGCGCAGCCCCCAUGUUGCCCAGCCCGGGGAAGCCAGCCAGCUACAGCCCCCAUCUGGUCACACCCCAAGGGGGCGCCGGGACCUUGCCAUUGUCCCAAGCUUCCAGCAGUCUGAGCACAACAGUUACUACCUUAUCCUCAGCUGUGGGGACGCUCCACCCCAGCCGGACAGCCGGAGCGGGUGGGGGCGGGGGCGGGGCCGCGCCCCCCCUCAAUUCCAUCCCCUCUGUUACUCCCCCACCCCCGGCCACCACCAACAGCACAAAUCCCAGCCCUCAAGGCAGCCACUCGGCUAUCGGCUUGUCGGGCCUGAACCCCAGCACGGGGUAAGUGGACAGUUGCACUUAGGGAGGCUGUGGGGAGAGAAGCAGGGUCGCCGCUGCUUCCCGGGUGGGAGCCGCGCCCCAGUUCUGCCGCCGGCGGGUCCCUGCCCCUGCUAACGCCUCUGCUUUGCCUCUUGCAGAAGCACAAUGGUGGGGUUGAGCUCCGGGCUGAGUCCAGCCCUCAUGAGCAACAACCCUUUGGCCACUAUCCAAGGUGCGUGCUGCCUCAUGUCACUCCCAUCGCCACCAGCCUGGCCCCCUGGGGCCUCGAGCCUCCCCCCAUUGCUGCUCCAGCCAUGCCAUCCUGCCCCGCUCACUGCAUCGCUCGCCUCUUCAUACCCAUUUCUCCUUUGGGGAAGGUGUGAGGGCUGCUGAUGGGGGUCAGUGGGGCCGAUGGGAAGACAGGGGGCACUGCGGGCAGGAUGCUGGAAGGUGCCCCCAGCCCAGCCCCUCUCUCUCUCCCCACCAGCCCUGGCCUCUGGUGGAACCCUGCCCCUUACCAGCCUUGACGGCAGCGGGAACCUGGUGCUGGGGGCAGCCAGCGCGGCUCCGGGGAGCCCCGGCCUGGUGACCUCACCGCUCUUCUUGAACCACGCCGGGCUGCCCCUGCUCAGCGCCCCGCCGGGCGUGGGCCUGGUCUCGGCAGCCGCUGCGGCCGUGGCGGCCUCCAUCUCCAGCAAGUCUCCGGGCCUCUCCUCCUCCUCCUCCUCCUCCUCCUCCUCCUCCUCCUCGUCCUCCACUUGCAGCGAGGCGGCAGCACAGACCCCUGGAGGCCCCGGGGGGCCCGAGGCAGGGUGCAAGCCCGAGUGAGGGCCCGCCUUGCCUCCCCUCCUACUCCUCCGACCCCCACC